ACAAAAUUUGCUUUGGAGCUCUAGACGCUUAUUAAGAUUCAAGAUCCAGGGUUUAUAAAUUUUGCGGCGGCGUCUCCGUUAACACUUUCGAUUCCAUCUUUCCCGUCGGUCGGAGUUUUAUCGCAAUCUGAAUCCCAAAUGGCGUCGGAGAAGAAGCUAUCGAACCCAAUGAGGGACAUCAAAGUGCAGAAGCUAGUGCUCAACAUCUCCGUCGGUGAGAGUGGAGAUCGUCUCACCAGAGCCUCCAAGUUAAUUUUGAUAGGUGUUGGAACAAUUGAGUGGUCAGACUCCUGUUUUCUCCAAGGACGUAACGAGAAGAUUGCUUGCUAUGUUACUGUCAGGGGAGAUAAGGCAAUGCAGCUCCUUGAGAGUGGACUCAAGGUUAAAGAGUAUGAGCUCUUGAGAAGGAACUUUAGCGACACUGGUUGCUUUGGUUUUGUUAUCCAGGAGCAUAUUGAUUUGGGUAUUAAGUAUGACCCGUCGACUGGGUAUGGACUAGAGAUGUCAAAUGGGCGGGCUAUAAAUGGGUGGCCCGUGUCCAAAUCGAUAUGGUCCAAAAUGGACAGACCCAGAUUAAACCAUAAUUAAAAUUUGUCCAGAUGGGUGAACCCAAUUAUAUUCAUGGACAAUAUUGGGCUUAACCACUUGGACAAUGGGCGGCCCAAUAAACUUAAAUGUCUAGGGUUUGAAAAAUUGGGAGAAAACACAAAUCACCUUUUUUUUUCUUCCCGUCUCACUCUUGUGUUUUUUCUUCGUGUUUGAUUCUUCCUCUUCGAAUCAUCGUCUUCGAUUUUUCCUCUUCGAGUCCUCGUCUUCGAUUCUUCCUCUUCGUGUUCGAUUCUUCUUCCUCGUCUUCGUUCUUCUUCAAUUUUUUUUCGAUUCUUCACCAACUUCUGAUUUCAUCAUCUCUUAAGAUUUGAUUUUUCGUGAUUUGUGUUAUGGGUUUUCACUAUUAGCUACUGAUUCGUAUCAUCUACUAAUAUUGUGUUAUGGUUUAUGUGUUAAAUAGAUCGGUGAUUUGUGUUCAUAACGAAGUUGGUGGCGAGUCUGGCGACUGUUUCUGUUUCCGCAAGUCAGACGAAAUUACGAAUUUUUUAAACUUAUCUUGAAUUUUUUAUAACUUUGAAACAUGAAGUUUAAAACUUAAAGUUUAAGUAUGUGACAUCUUUAAAAUUGAAAACUUAAUAAUCUUUAAAUUUUUAAAACUGAAAUUAUGUUGUUUACAUUAAAUGGGCGUAUGGGCCGUCCAUGGAUAGCCCAACAAAUCAUGGUCUUAUUUGGUUAUGGUCUCAUUUGGACAUGGUUCUAUUUGGGCUUCGACCAAAAAUGUCCACCAAAAAAAUGAAACCCAUUCGGACACACCCAAACCCGCCCAACCCGCCCAUUUGACAUCUCUAGUAUGGACUUCUAUGUUGUUCUUGAGCGUCGCAGAAGAUGCAAGGCUCGUGUUGGAAUAUAGCAUAGAGUGACUAAAGAUGAUGCCAUGAAAUGGUUCCAAGUUAAAUACGAAGGAGUCAUUAUCAACAAGUCUCAGAACAUCACUGGUUAAACAAAACAAUAUCUCAAAGACAGAGAUCUACAAUCUCUGUGUUUUCCCUGGUUCUAAUCGUAUUUUCUCAGUUGUGUUUUGCUUUUUAAUUUGUUCUUCAGACAAUUUGAAUUUUCUUUAUAGAUAUGGCCUAUCCACAAUGA